CCGUCGAUAUAUAUAGUAACACUUAGAAAACAGUCUUUUUCUUGGAAGCAGCAAUAUAAAUAGAAGAGGAGAGGCUACCAAAACCAAAAGGCCAUACAUAUGUACUCAUCACCAUCCCAUCAAUACCCACACCUCUCCAACCCCAUAAGCUAACCACUUACCUCCCUCUCUCUCUAUAUUAUUAUAGUAAUAUACAAGAAUUCUAUUAUACACACACACACAAAAUUGCAUACACAAUUUAGCUAGCUAGCUAGCUAGAAAGGAAGAUCAAGAUGGAAGAGAUGAAACCUGCAUGGUUAGAAGGAUUAAUGGCUGAGAAAUUCUUUGCAGGAUGUGGGGUCCACCAAAAUAGAAGGAAAAAUGAGAAAAACAUCUUCUGCUUAGAGUGUUGUCAAAGCUUUUGCCCUCACUGCCUUCCACAACAUCACUCCCAUCCUCUUCUCCAGGUGAGAAGAUAUGUAUACCAAGAUGUUAUACGAUUGGAUGACCUAGAGAAGCUAAUUGACUGUUCCUACAUUCAGCCUUACACAAUAAACAGUGCCAAAGUUAUAUUCUUAAACCAAAGAGCACAAUCAAGGUCAUGCAAGGUUUCUGGCAACUCUUGUUUCACUUGUGACAGAGUUCUUCAGGACCCCUUCAACUUUUGUUCUCUCUCUUGCAAGGUUGAUUAUAUGGUGUAUCAAGGUGAAGACCUAUCAAACAUCCUCUAUAAGUUUGAUGAUUCUGAGUUUGCUCUCUCCCAAUUUGAAGGACUCCACGUGGACACCUCUGAUUUGAUCGAUGAAGAAAGCCAAAUUACUCCCAACUCCAUAUUAGAAGAUCCAUUAGAAUGCAGAGGUUCAUCUUGCUCAAAUAAUAUCAUGGACAAUUCCGGUAUUUCACACGGUGGCCGUAUGAUCAAAAAUAAGAAAAAGGGCAGUGGUUUUUUCCCUGGCCUUGUCCUUUCAUUGAACAAUAGGAGAAAGGGAGCCCCUCAAAGAUCUCCACUUUCUUGAAAAAAAAAAAAAAUGACUCAAAUAUCUUCAAAUAAUUAAGCACUAGUAGUAUAUAUUUUAUACGUGUUGUAAUACUACUAGCACUGUUAGUUCUUUGGAUUUGUGACUGUAAUUUUAUGAUGUUUUUAGUGUCACUCUUAGGUUUGGGAAUUUUAUUACCCAAAAAUGAUUCCAUUGUGAACCAUAUAUAGGUUGAUGUUUAGAUGUUUCCACUAGAUAUUUAAGCUCUCUAAAUAUCACCAAUUUUGUACUUGGUGCAAUGGAACUUGAACAGAUAAAUAUAAUUAGCUCCUAAAUAUAUCUUA